GACUCGUGGAAGGUGAAAUUUCGCGGUCUACGUGGUUUAUCCGAUUCGAAGAAAAAAUAAAAAUAAAUCUUCAACUCGGUCCUUACGUAACUUGAAGUAAUUAAAACUUUACUAGACACUUGAAGUAGUGCUACAGUGUCAACAAUUAAUGUUUUAUGUUGUUUUGAUUACUUUUGACAACCAUAAAAAACUUUCAAUAUGUUACCAAUAAAAAAAGAACAUAUGCAAUAUUUACAUUCUUGUAAUAUUACCGUCAGGGAAUUUAAACCAGAAAUGUCUCAGCCCCGUAAAGUAAUCCACCUACCAAAGCUCAGGAUGGUCCGUGGCCGAGCCAGUGGCAUCCACAUCACUAAUGUGCAUACAGUCAAGCCUCCGGACCCUGAGCUCGUGAAACAGGAGGAGGAGAACAGGCUUCGGGCUCAGUUACAAAAGGAAAUAGUGUCCCGAUCGCGGAGUUGCAGCAAUAAAAGCUACGAGUGUUAUCUGCCGGUCGUCACAGGUCGCCAGUUUUGUGCUAGACAUAUUUUACAGGACCCCACUGCGCCGUACAGACAGUGCGUCCACUCCGGCGGCGGCGCGCGCUGCCCGCUGCCCGCGCCCGCGCCCGCGCCCGCGCCCCCCGGCGGCGCCGAGCCCCGCGACCAGAGGGAUCAAGGCAGGCUGUGCUACCAGCACGCGCGCGCGGCGGCGGCUCUGCGCGCGCGCAGCUCGGCGCCGCCCCCGCCCGUCUCCACCACGGAGACCCUGCUGCACCAGCUCACACACUACGUCAGGAACGAGCGAGCUAGAACAACAUCAUGCGCAUCAGCCGUGUCUGUGGUGAGUGAGCCCGAGGUGGACACCACCGCACCGGAGGCUGCGGAUCCUUUCAAACAAAUCGACGCAACAGCAGUAAACGCAUCAUACUCCACCUCCAUAAUGGAGUGUUGUAGCGCGAGUGACAGCGACGCCGACAGCCUCACCGCCGGACCUGAGUACGAAGACGCCUUGUCGGACUAUGAGGAUAGCACUGUAGAGGACGGACCUCUAUGGCGAGCGGGCGUGUACACAGCCGAAGAGGCAGUAUCCGAAGCUAAAAACGCGCUAGUGUCGCUACAGAGCGCCUACAUCCGCCAGAUGUCGCACUUACGGUGUUUAUUACAAACCGCGAGGCUUAAAUACUUGCGGGAGCUGAAGGUUGAGAAGGAAUUAUAUUGCAGCAUCAACGCGCAGGCCCGCAGCGGGCCUCUCACGGUACGGGAGCGUCGGCAACUACGCAAACUGAAGUGCUACGCCGGCUACCACAAGAAACAUGGACACGACGCUGUGCUAGCUAGGAAACUGCAGAGGAAGCGGGCCAAGGUAAACUUGUCAGCUCACCGUCCCGUCCCCUCGCACGCGCGCUGCACGUUCGCGGAGGGCAGCGCGCGCUGCGCCAACAACGUCGUGCCCGCCGCCAAGCACUGCCUCAAGCACAUCAUGAACGAUCGACAUCAGGUGCUGUUCACGGCGUGCGGCGACGUGCGCGGCCUCAGCCCGUGCGCGGAGGCGGUGGCGCGCCUGCCGCUCCCGUCCGCCGCCUGCCGCCACCACACCAUGCCGCCCACAUACACUGUGUUCACGCUCAAGAAGGACGAAUCAGACAGCGACGAUUCCCGCUCGUCGGAAGCGUGACCCUCGGGCUCCGGCCUGGCGCCGCCCGGCGGGCCCCCGGCCUCCGACUCCGACUGAAGCUGCUACUCCAGGCUUUACGCACUGUGACCUAGCCAGGUUGAAAAAAAUCCGACAGAGACGGCUACUGUCUUAUCGCUUCGCCUAUCUUGGGCUGUAUGUUACCAUCGCCCACACUGUUAACUGACAGUUCAUACUCCUUAUUACAAGAGGCAUAAGGUCCGUAACCGAACCUCGUCUCACAAAUCAGAAGUCUACACACCUCGACAUUGGCAGAAUCCACCUUGCUAAAUUUAGCGAGGAGUAAAGCCAUAAAUAGGAAAAAAAAAAGUCCACCGAUGGACAAUUAACAGUGUUGCUGUUUGUACAUUGGGCAAGGUUAGUACUCCGACACUGGCUGAAACUUUGUAGUCCGGGAGCCCACCAACUCUACAUGCAGCGGCGCCAGACUCCAUUGCGAUGCUUUUGACGGCAGAUCUUUGCGAGGCCCUUAGCUUUUGUGCUAAGUAAAUAAAAACCGGACAAGUGCGAGUUGGACUCGCCCACAGAGGGUUCCGUACUUUUUAGUAUUUGUUGUUAUAGCGGUAACAUAAAUACAUCAUCUGUGAAAAUUUCAGCUGUCUAGCUAUCACGGCUCAUAAGCUACAGCCUGGUGACAGUCAGACAGCCGGACAGACAGACAGACGGACAAUGGAGUCUUAGUAAUAGGGUUCUUGCCCUUUGGGUACGGAACCCUAAAAACCAGUUAGAUUCUCCGCCAACCUUGAAACGAUCACCUUCUCAAUGUUGUCGCCGCAUAAGAUAAACUUUGCUCUUUAAGUAUAAAACUGGUAAAUAGAUGCAGUAUUUUAAAUACCAUAAUUUUGUCAUGCAGAAUGUGAUAUUUGUACUUAUGUAAAAUGAAUCUAAGAUGAGAAUGUAUGUAAUGUAAGACGAGUGUCGAUAAAUGUGACGAAUGUUUGUAAAUAAUCUGAAUAAAGUUUAAGUA